AAAGUGUGACAUCAGAUAUCUUUUGGUUCUCAACCAUUUAUGAUUCUAGAAGAUCAAGGCAGGUACAAAGCCUCUUCUGAGAUUGUAGCAGAGCACUUCAGCCAUAAGUCACAUAAUGGAUAUGAAGCUGGACUCCUCCCGAGAUGACUUACCUCUCAUGGCCAACACCAGUGACAUACUUGUGAAGCACUUUGUACUUGAUUUAGAUGUGGAUUUCGAAAGACAAAUCAUGGAGGGCACCAUAGUGCUUUUCUUUGAAUCUGAAAGCAGAUUCAGGCAGCAGUGUAGUUCCACUGUGGAAAUCUACUUCUCAGAGCCAGAAGAAACCUUCAAAUGUAGGAAGCCUGAACCCUGUCCUAUUCCUGUGACAUCUACAAGGACCUGCUUAUCUAAAACUGAAUGUAAUGAUUUUGCAUACUCUGGUAAAGGUGAAAAAGGUACUUUUGAUAAAGAUGGUAACCAUGACAACCAGGAAGAGACUUCUGGGUUUUCUAGCUCAAAGCACUUUUGUGACACAGGGAGUCAUGGUAGUGAAGAUUUUUUGCUAGUGUUGGACUGCUGUGAUUUGACUGUGUUAAAGGUUGAGGAGGUGGAUGUUGCUGCUGUGCCAGGUAUUAAAAAAUGUGUAGAAUCUCACGAGCUCACAGUUGAUUCCAAGGAGCGUAGGAAUCAGAUUGUACAUGAACUUGUGACUCUGCCUGCAGCUCGUUGGAGGGAGCAAUUAGACUAUUUUGCUCGCUGCAGCCGGGCUCCUGGCUGUGGGGAACUCCUAUUUGACACUGACACUUGGAGUUUACAGAUUAGGAAGCCAGGGGCUCAGACAGCCUCUGACUUUCCUCAUGCCAUCAGGAUACAGUACAGCACCAAAUCCCAUGGGCAGUCAGUGACAUGGACCUCAGAUCAGAGUGGCAGGCCAUGUGUUUAUACUAUAGGAUCUCCCAUAAACAACAGGGCCCUUUUUCCAUGCCAGGAGCCACCCGUUGCCAUGUCAACAUGGCAGGCUACAGUUCGAGCAGCUGCAACUUUUGUUAUUUUAAUGAGCGGGGAAAAUUCUGCUAAGCCAACACAGCUUCAGGAAGGUUAUUUAAGCUGGCAUUACUACGUAACCAUGCCCAUGCCAGCUUCCACUUUUACGAUUGCAGUUGGAACCUGGACAGAAGUGAAGUCAGAAACCUAUUCUUCAAAUGAUCUGUCACCAGAAAGAAACCUCUCCCCUUUAGAUGCUGUUUUCAGGUGUGCAGACAUUUGUGGUCACAGUGAGUACCCUUGUCGCUUCCAGAAUGCUUCUGCUGCCACCGAAGAGAUCAUCCCCUAUCGGCUCUUUGCCCCACUGAACCUCAAGGAUGCCUGCCAAGAGACCCUUUUACAGUUCAUCCCUCUCUGUCUCUCAUCAGCACACUCUGUCCUGGGAACACACCCCUUCUCCAGACUGGAUGUACUCAUUGUCCCUGCCAACUUUCCAAGUCUGGGCAUGGCCAGCCCACACAUCAUCUUCCUCUCCCAGAGCACCUUGAGUGGAGCCAGCCAGCUGUGUGGGACACGCCUCUGCCAUGAAAUUGCCCAUGCCUGGUUUGGCCUGGCCAUUGGGGCUCGUGACUGGACCGAGGAGUGGCUGAGUGAGGGUUUUGCCACUCAUCUGGAAGACGUGUUCUGGGCCAGGGUACAGCAGCUGCCUCCCGACAAGGCCCAGGAGCAGCAGGAGUUGAGAGCUAGCCUGCGCUGGCGGCGUCUGCAGGAUGAAGUGCGGGACUGCUCAGAGGAGCUGCAGGUGCUCAGACCCAAUAAAGAAAAAACUGGCCAUAUAAGUGACUCUGGAUCAUCUGUUGUCAAACAUGGUCUCAAUCCAGAAAAGGUCUUCAUGCAAGUCCAUUAUUUAAAGGGCUAUUUUCUUCUUCAGUUCCUUGCCAGAAGACUUGGAGAUGAUGCCUAUUUUACAGUUUUAAGAAAAUUUGUGCACACAUUUCAUGGGCAGUUGAUUCUUUCUCAGGAUUUCCUUCAAAUGAUGUUGGAGAACAUCCCUGAAGAAAAAAGGCUUGCACUGUCUGUUGAGAACAUCUUUGAAGACUGGCUUGAGAGUUCUGGGAUACCACAGCCGCUGCUCGCCGAGCGCCGGGCCCGGGCCGAGUGCGGACUCGAACGGCAAGCGCGAGCCGAGGCCGAGAAAUGGAUCCGCAGGAGCCGGGGAGCGCGCAAGCGGACACGGAGCGAUCGUGGAGCGGCGUGGGCGCAGCUCCUUCCUGACCAGCUGGUAUUGCUGCUGGAGCAUCUCUUGGAGCAGAAGACCCUGAGUCACAGGACUUUGCAGAGUCUGAAGAAGACGUACCGCCUCUCUCAGCAGGAUGCAGAGGUUCGUCACCGCUGGUGUGAGCUGGUAGUGAAGCACAAGUACACUCGGGCCUAUGGGGACGUGAAACACUUCCUCCAGGAAGACCAGGCCAUGGGCAUCUACCUCUAUGGAGAGCUGAUGGUGGGUGAGGACCCGCGGCAGCAGCAACUGGCUCACUCGUGUUUCCAGCUAACCAGGGAGUGGAUGGACAGCAGCUGUGCCCGUGUAGUAGCUGAGAUGUUGUUCUGAAGAGACAGCUGCUCAACCUUGGCACGGCUGCUGUUACCGCACCCGAUUCGCGUGCCCAGGACACCGUGGGCUGUGGUGAGGCCACUUUGCUGGCUCCGCUCUGCUGCCCUGGCUGCUUGGGUUCCUGGCAUGCUGAUUUGUGACUUAAGAUGAAAAUCACAUUGCCAGGGAUUACCACGCAACCACGACCUUGGCGGCUGGUAGUUGCACUCAGAGACAGACUCCUCUGGGGCUCUUCCUAGCAAUGCCGGCGACGACCUCUCUGACGAGGUGCAGAGCUUAGCUGACUGGUGAACAGUGACUGGUUUCCGCCUUGUUCACAGUGGCUAAGUUCUGCACCUGAAGAGAAGGUGAGAAGGGGCCGGUUAAAUAAGCGGAAGCUGCUGCCAGAGGCCGCCGUGGCCAUACUGAAAUGUGUGAAGCCUCCAUGCUGGGAGGGAAGCACGGGCCCAGAUGUCUGAGAGCUGCUGAGAUCAGGUGUGGACCCACACAUGGCUGACGGGAGUGGGGUUGCUGCCUGGGCAGGUGCUUCUCUUUUGUAUUUGCAGUCUAGGUCUGCCGGGCGCCUGGAGCUUGCUGCGAGGCCUCGUCCUGGCCGCAUUGGACCCGCCCUCCGGUGCCUACUGAGCUGAUAUCAGUUCUCGUUUCACACACUGGCUCAGUUCAGCAGGAACAGGAGUCGAGCCCGAGAGCAAAACACCUUCCUGCUUGUGAGUGCCCGGAGCCGGGAUCCACCCAAGAGCCAGGAAGCUGCAUCUGUAUGUCAUGUGCAUGUGGGAGAGCCACGGCCCGACUGCGUGGAUGGCGGCUUGUGGCCUGUGCUAUGACAGGCAGGCCCCGGUGCGGCGGGGCUGGCAUGGGCCUGCUCCAGGAGCCAUGAGCUCCAGGGCUGGGCCUCAGUGGGCUGUGGCCAGUCUCACUUUGUGCUGAACAGAGGUGCACAGAGCUGCUUCUGAGUAGUGAUCGUUACACUGUGAUGGAACAGUAAGUGCCGGUGCUGUUUUCCUUUGCAGAAAGAUACCAGCAGCAUCCUUUGAGUCUGCCGGGGACUGCAGCAAGGACGCCAUCAGUAGAGACCAAGUUUAUGGACAUCUCUUGGCAGCAUCAGUACACGCCUGAAGCCUAAGCUAGCUGCUGCCCCCACCCCAGAUGGGUCAUCCCAAAGAUGAAUUCUCUUCCAUGAGGUUAAGGGUUAAGGCACAGAUGAAACUAAUCUGAGACAAGUGGGGAAACCCAUGUAUGUGGUUCUCGAUGCAUAGUGACAUGUGGAUGCUGCACUUUCGGUGGAGGUGCAGGACACUAUUGGUAUCCUCUUC